AAGGAAUUAUCAGACAAUGAGACUGAAUUUCACCGUGUGGAUACACGGCCGUUCUCUGAAGCUGGAUCUCCCAAACGUAAGGAGAACAACAUAGAAGACUUCUUAAGCUACACUGAGAAACAGGGCAGCUUUGUUGAGGAUCAUGAAGAGGAAGAGCCAGAGGAUGACAUUCAGCAGGACAGUGAGGAGGAGUAUGAGGAAAAUGUCAUUGAGCCAAGGACUCUGAAUGAAUUCACCACUCUGACAGACAGAACAAGCCCGUGGUCUAGUAUGGUGUCGAAGCAGAAGAUGAUCCACAGACAGAGCAGGUGGCUAUGGAAGGCUUUUCAGCCAAUGGAAAUCUCCUAGAACAGCUCGGUCUGAUUUCUUCGGUUCUCCACGAUGAUCAGGACAGUAAUCCAAAUACCGCCAGAUCAUGCGACUCUCACAUGGCAGAUGAAUUCCCUGAAAUUAAUGGAGGCAGUGGUUCAGACACACAAAAUCCAGAUGCAUUGGAAGAAUCGGAAAGCAUCAAUUCAAUGGGCCAGAGUUCACCAGACCUCUCAGACAAUGAAGAGGAGGACAGACUGAGGAGUGAGGAACUUACUCAUGGAGUAACAGAACUGCCCGCUGAGGUGUCAUUAAGUGGCAGUGAACCUGAUGAGUCUGAGGACCUUGCUAUGGAAAGAGAAGAUGAUAGAGAGGCGAGAGAUGCCUACAGGUCCGGAUAUCAGUCAUCAUCUUCACAUCCUGAGUCUUCUCAGAGGGACACCAGUCCUUCAGUGCAGAGCGUGGAGGAGCUUCCGGACAUGGAAGAAACCAGCACCCUCCAGCACUUUAAUCUUCUAUCUGAUCCCAUUCAGCUCCCAAAUUUCUUUCUACCUCCUCAGCACUUAGAAGCAUCUAUGCGGUUACUGAGUCAGUCUUCAAUCCCAUCAUCCUCGGCUCAGCAGAGAGAUGGUGAGACGCCGAUCGCUAAAGGAAUCCCUUUUCGCCGGCGAACGCGUCAAACACCCAAAAUAAACCCUGACGAAUUGCCAGAGAAAGAGGCCAAGCGUAUCGCAAGGAUAUUUGCUGCACAGUUCUCCAACAAGUAG